AUGGGCGAUGGAAUGUGCUACAGCUUUGCAAUGAGACGUCUGUGGGUCUGUGUCUUGCUUGUGAGCAUCACCUGCCGUCUGAGCUUCUCCCAGGAUGUAACUGGGACUCCCAAAGAGGCAGAAUUAAACAACAACAUUACCAUCUUCACACGCAUCCUGGACGGACUGCUGGAUGGUUACGACAACAGACUCCGCCCUGGACUGGGAGAAAAGGUGACGGAGAUCAAAACCAACAUCUUUGUCACAAGCUUUGGUCCAGUGUCUGACACUGAAAUGGAAUAUACUAUCGACGUGUUCUUCCGGCAAAGUUGGAAAGAUGAGAGACUUUGCUUCAAAGGCCCGAUGGAGAUGCUGCCCCUGAACAAUCUCCUGGCCAGUAACAUCUGGACGCCUGACACCUUCUUCCUCAACGGGAAGAAAUCCAUCGCUCAUAACAUGACUACACCUAACAAACUACUGCGGCUCAAAGAUGACGGGACCCUUCUCUACACCAUGCGACUGACUAUAUCAGCAGAAUGCCCCAUGCAGCUGGAGGAUUUCCCAAUGGAUGCCCACGCUUGUCCCCUUAAAUUUGGAAGCUAUGCCUAUCCAGUCUCAGAGGUGGUCUAUACGUGGACCCAGGGAGCCGCCAAGUCAGUGGUGGUGGCAGAGGAAGGCUCCCGGCUCAAUCAGUAUCAUCUGAUUGGUCAGACCGCAGGGACAGAGGACAUAUACACCAGCCGAGGUCAAUACACCGUGAUGAUGGCUCACUUUUACCUUAAAAGGAAGAUCGGCUACUUCGUCAUCCAGACCUACAUGCCUUGCUUCAUGACUGUAAUCCUGUCCCAGGUUUCCUUUUGGCUCAACCGGGAGUCUGUGCCAGCACGAACCGUCUUUGGUGUGACCACAGUGCUCACCAUGACCACUCUCAGCAUCAGUGCUCGAAACUCGCUGCCUAAAGUGGCUUACGCUACUGCCAUGGACUGGUUCAUCGCAGUCUGCUACGCCUUCGUCUUCUCUGCCCUCAUUGAAUUUGCUACAGUCAACUAUUUCACCAAGAGGAGCUGGGCCUGGGACGGAAAGAAGGCCAUGGAGGCCCAACAGCCCAAGAAAAAAGACCCUCUGGCUCUGUCUAAAAAGCCAAACAACACCUGUUCAGCCGGUGUCAAUUACACAACCAACCUUACAAAGGACACUUCUAUCUCCACCAUUUCAAAUAGCACAGCUGUUCAGCUCAAACCCUCUGAAACCAAGGCCCCAGACCCCAAAAAGACUUACAACAGUGUGAGCAAGAUUGACAAGAUGUCCAGGAUAGUGUUCCCAGUGCUGUUUGGGACCUUCAACCUGGUGUACUGGGCCACGUAUCUCAAUAGGGAACCAGUGAUCAAAGGAGCUGUGUAAGCUCUGCAAUAAGGCUCAUUCAUUUGAUAACUGGAAUGCUAUAAAAACAAUG